AUGAAUAGCGCGGCUGUUAUAGGCAGGCAACUGCGCCAGCAAAACACAGGUAGGGGAGGUCCGCCCCCUAAAGGAGGCCGACAAAGAGCUUUAUCUCAUCAACCUUUGACCUCGAACCAACUCCAACAGCUCCAGAAGAAAGAAGAUGAAAAGAAAAAAGUGGGGACAAUACAAAGUAUCAGAAACAAGGUUACCGUCCAGUGUUUAUGGCUAACUUGCAAAGCUUUGAGUGGUGGUAUGAUUCUUUUAAUCAUCGGAACCACUAUGUCUGUAGUCGGUUUCUAUGCAGACAGUUUAUCCACCGAAGUCAUAGAGUCCGGAAACAGGACCAUCGAAGUGACCGAUACAGACAGACAUUACCAUCUUCAUAAUUUGACGUACGUCGGACCAGUCAUUAUGGGCCUCGGUGGUUUUGUGAUCGUGGCAGCUUUCGUUAUGACUUUCGAGGGGCACGAUUCUGGAUCCAAAGUCGUCCCUAUGACAGAUGACCACACAACCACAGACGGUUCUUUAUUGACUAGUUUACUCAUAGAAGAGAAAAGUAAAGACAAACAAAACGGCCCUUCUUCGAGUGGUCCUUACCUUUGCGUUCCGCAAACUUUUGAUAUACCUGAUAAAAUGAGAAGACCUUCUGUAACCCUUUCUAACAGUAAACCAGUCAAGACUCCAAUCGCGAGGGAAGAAAUUAAAUCAUCUCUGAAAACAAAAGCGAAUGAAAGCACUUCAAGUCGAAAAAAAGAAUCUCCGAAGGUGCAAAUCAGUGUCCCUAACGAUCCGAGCAAAAGCGCUAAACCACCCCCGAGUUUACCUCUGAUGAAUAAAGACAACUGCAUAGGUCCGAAUGGUCGCAUGAGGAACCGCGAACUAAUGAUGAUGCAACUGUGCCUCGAUGAGUUUGUCCCAUCGCCACAGGAUAUAGAAAUCAUAGACCCCGACGGCUGCGAUACCCCGCGCCGGGACAAUUCGUCAAUGGAUAUGGAAGUUUAUGUCUCGAACUGUCCCAUUACCGUUCGUGUGCAGGUCGAACCUCGGCAUUUGGCAUCGAUGGAAAGUGAUGGUCUCUCGGACAGUGAUAUCUCGGAUCCAGGAGAAAUUGCUCGCAUCUCGAGACGAGAUAUGGAUUUCCCCGAGCAGCAAAUGCCGUUACUAGGCCGUUGCAGUCCCGCUUUCUCAUCUCCCGAGUUCCGAGGAGUCGCUUGCUCGAUGCCGUUACUGAAGCGGGACUCGUCUCGGAGGUUCCCUCUCCUGAGGCAGGGGGCUUUAGACAGUGGCAGAGCAGCUCUCGACGUGCAAACUGAAACUUCUUUAGCGUAA